AUGGAAACUCGAUCAAAUCAGGCUCAAUCUGCAGCCACUCCAGUUUACAUUUUGCGUGGACACAACGCCCCAAUUCACGCACUACACAUCUACAACCAAAACCUACGUCUGAUAUCCGGCGACGCCAACGGAUGGAUCGUCGUUUGGGACCUGGUAACUAAGCGACCGGUGGCAGCAUGGAAAGCACACGCAGGGGCCGUGUUGGAAGUGAAGGGGUUCAAACUCGGCUCUGGCGUGACCGAGAUCUAUACACAUGGACGCGAUCACAAGCUAUGUAUUUGGAAAAUUCGGGUCGAGGAUGAACCUUUACUUGAGAAAGCUCUCCCAGUCGAUGCAGGUGAGGAUGAGCAGGCAGGCAAGACUCAGCCUUGGUUGCUUCAUUCUCUGCCUGUGAAUGCGCUCAACUUUUGUGCUUUUUCAAUGGUAUUUCUUAAUUCGGAUGGCUUGCCUGGCUCUUCGACCCAAGCACAAAAACCCGAAGCUACACUGUUUGCGGUUCCCAAUGCCCUGGACUCCGGCGGUAUUGAUAUCUUUCAUCUGCCGUCUGAGCGUCGGAUCAGCACUAUCCCCUCCGAUGAAACAACAAAAACCGGGAUGCUAAUGGCUGUGAAUCUCUUCGUGGCUGCUGCUGGAGAUUUCUAUGUUGCUUCUGCAUACGAGGAUGGACAUGUCAUGGUCUUUCAUCAACGAAGGACUCUCGAAUCCGCCGCUUUCGAGCGUGAAAACAUAGCCAAGAAUCCUUUGAAGUGGGAUAGGCUUUAUGCUUGUCAACCUCAUUCGCAGCCAGUCCUUUCUUUGGACUUCUCACCCUCCCUUGAAUAUUUCAUUUCGUCUUCGGCAGAUGCCUUGCUUGUCAAACAUCCUAUUCCAAGUGCAGGCCAGACUGGCUACGUCCCUACCGCUGGCUACAAGGAAGAAUCACCUCUUAAAGUUGUCAACACCAAACAUUCGGGCCAGCAAGGGUUGCGGAUUCGGUCUGAUGGCAAGAUAUUUGCCACUGCUGGCUGGGACAGUAGGACCCGAGUAUAUUCCAGCAAAACGAUGAAGGAACUUGCUGUGCUCAAGUGGCAUAAAGACGGAUGUUAUACUGUGACAUUUGGCAAUAUUUUAGAUGCACCUUCAGCACUCUCAACCAACAUCAAUCCGACGGGUCAGAGCUCUCAGGAUGGGAUAGAACAACCAGCGGCCGAACGUGACUAUUCUCUCGCAACUGUUCAAGAACAGCGCAACCAGAAAGCACAGCAAACUCAUUGGCUAGCAGCUGGAUCCAAAGAUGGGAAAAUUUCAUUAUGGGAUAUCUAUUGA